CGAAAAAAAAUAAUAAUGAAAAUGCAUUCGCUAUUCGCCGUCUCCUGCUCCUUCUCCUCUCUCUGAGAAGCGGAGCCCUAGAAAUUUGGAUCAUGAGGGGUCUAAUUUCCGGCGCGAAGAGGCUAUGGACUCCAUCUGUUACGGCAACAACCACCGCCAUAGCGAGAAGACGCUACAGUGUAAUCCCAAUGGUUAUCGAGCAUUCAUCGCGAGGCGAGAGAGCCUACGAUAUCUUCUCUCGAUUGCUCAAGGAGCGUAUAAUCUGUAUCAAUGGUCCCAUAAAUGACGACACGUCCCACGUCGUCGUGGCUCAGCUUCUCUACCUCGAGUCCGAGAAUCCUUCAAAGCCGAUUCAUAUGUACCUUAAUUCACCUGGCGGUCAUGUCACUGCCGGUCUUGCAAUUUAUGAUACUAUGCAAUACAUUCGAUCGCCAAUAAGCACGAUUUGCUUAGGCCAAGCUGCGUCAAUGGCUUCUCUUCUCUUGGCAGCAGGUGCCAAGGGACAAAGACGGUCGCUCCCAAAUGCGACCGUCAUGAUUCAUCAGCCUUCAGGAGGAUAUAGUGGACAAGCUAAGGAUAUGACAAUUCAUACAAAGCAGAUUGUUCGUGUUUGGGAUGCUUUGAACGAGCUGUAUGUGAAACACACGGGGCAAUCCAUCGAUGUGAUUCAGAAGAACAUGGAUAGGGAUCAUUUCAUGACUCCUCAAGAGGCUAAGGCCUUUGGUAUAAUCGAUGAAGUUAUCGAUGAAAGACCCAUGGAGUUGGUGAAAGACGCUGUUGGAAAUGAAAGCAAAGAUAAAACUUCGAGUUAGAAACAAAAACUGGUAAUCAAAAGGGAUAAUCUCGCAGACCCUUUUUCUGUGAAGCUAAGUCGAUAAAGAUUGGCUUUCGGUUCUCCAUUCCAAUUACAGUCUCAUCAAUAACAACUGUAGAAUGCUUGUCUCUUUUAGAAAGGCUAAUGCAGUUGUUUAUCUGUUCUCCAUGCCAUCAUUAUGUCAAAUUCUUAUAAUCAUUUAUCGAUU